AUAAUACAAUCGGCUCUUUACCAGUAAGACUGUCACAAUUGAAAAUCAUAGAGAUAUGUCGUAACAGACAACUUAUAAAGCAAAGACUUAGAAAGAAUCCUGUCAUUGUGUGCAUUAAUCACUUAUGGAGAGGGAUAGUAAUAGAAAAAAUAUUGAUUUACCAACCAAGAGUGAAAUCUAUCAUGAGAAGCAGAGUCGUCUUUUGUGUGCUAUGCAUGCUCUAAAUAACUUCUUCCAAAAUGAUCAUCCCUUUAGUAAGAGUGAAUUGGAUAGGAUAUGUGAACGCUUAACGCCAGGAAGCUUCAUUAAUCCUCAUAGGAACUUUUUGGGUUUGGGUAAUUAUGAUGUCAAUGUAUUAAUAGCAGCUUUUCAAAGUCGUAAUUUAGAAACAAUUUGGAUGGAUAGGAGAAAAUCACCAAACUGCUUGGUUCUUCAAGAAAUAGAAGGUUUUAUCCUAAAUGUUCCAAUUACCUGGAAAAUUGGCGCCUUUUCUAUACCAUAUAUACGACAACGUCAUUGGGUAGCCGUAAAGAAAAUAACUGGCCAGUAUUAUUUAUUAGAUUCAAAAGCAGCUGAGCCAACAUUUAUCGGAAACGAGGAUAGUCUAAGAAAGUGUCUACAAGAAAAUCUACAAAGAGACGAUACAAACAUUCUACUUAUCGUUAAGCAAGAUGUAGCAGAAAAAUCUUCGUGGUUUAAAAGUCCAGAUUAGGGCAAUUUUAUUCUGAAAUCUACAACCUUAAACAAACAAACAAACAAACAAACAAACAAACAAACA